UUUCACAAGAUUUUGGAGACAUCAAGGGGAAACUGUAAUGAACAAGACGGACCUACAAUAACUGCACUGUACCUUGUUUCGAUCCAUGUAUUGUGCCAAUCACUUUAAUGAUGAAAAAGUUUCAGAUUUUGUUUGUAGUCAUUGCAUUAUCCAUAUACUUCUUAGUACUUAUCUUCCAGUCGGCUGAAUACAAAAUCAAACAAAUCGAUAAUACUAGUUCUAAAAAUUUUCAGAGAACACUUAAUAUUAACUCCAAUGAUACGGACAUUUGCAAAAUUCCAAAAUACAGUCCAUUUAAUUCAGAAGCAAGAAAGUUUUACAAAAAAAUGCCUGAUAUAACCUGUUCUCAUCACAGUUAUAAUCUUUUGUAUAUUGACAACGAGGGAAAUUUGUCGUUUAAUAAUAUAAAUUGGAAAAAGCUCAAUGUGACUCCUGGGUCUUCUUCUGUCACGUGUGAAUACAGUGAAAUUUAUAGGAGAAAAUACAGUGGUACGAUUAUUGAAUUUGAAAUGCAGCCAUUUGUGAAAAUGUACAGCAAAGUGAAACCAAGUUCAGAUUUUCUCUUUGCUAAAUGCUCAAAUUAUGCAGGCUCAGUGAUAUAUGCUGAUUAUUUUGCUUUUACUCAAAGGAAUCCUGGCCCAAGGAAUUAUAAGAACGACCAAGAGGUGGGUCUUAUUAUAAUCGGAUUAGAUUCUAUGUCAAGGUUGAACUUUUUAAGGCAGUUUCCUAGAACGUACCGUUUUAUGAGAAACUAUCUAUUAACAGUGGAGAUGAAAGGGGUAAAUAAAGUUGGAGUGAACACGUUUCCAAAUGUGAUGGCGAUGUUGACUGGUCUUCCUGUUCCUCCACCUCCACAUAAUUUCAAGAACAUGCAAUUCCUCUGGGAUGGGUUUCAAGAAAGAGGAGCGGCGACAAUGUAUGCCGAAGACAUGCCGCAAAUUAACAUGUUUAACUUACACGGAGAUGGCCUCUUAAGAAAGCCAACGCACCACUAUGCCUACACUUUUUGGCAAGCUGUCGAGUAUUCACUGACCCAGCAUUACAGUUCAAAGUACUGUCUCGGAUCAAAAACAAAGUUCUCUAUUCACUUGAACUAUAUCAAGUCUUUUCUUCAAACUUACAAGGAUUGCCCGAAAUUUCUUUUCUCGCUUCAUAACGAGUUAACGCACGACACCCUCAACUUAGCAAGUAAUGCUGAUGAUGAGCUAAAAGACUUCCUGAAGACAUCAUAUGAUGCUGGCCUCUUAGACAGAUCAAUUGUUGUUUUACUGGGGGAUCAUGGACAUCGGAUUGACUCUUACAGAAUGACAGAAAUGGGCAGAAUGGAGGACUUGAUGCCUUUCACAUUUUUUAUUCUCCCGAGAAACUAUAGGAACACGGAUUGGUACAAAACACUUACUGUCAAUAGCAACCGUUUGGUAUCGACAUAUGAUUUAUAUAAAACAUUUGAAAACAUUAUGUUUACACUGGAAAAAAACGUUUCGACAUAUGAGGGUUCCUCAUUUAGAAAAAGUUCUUCGCUCUUCUACCCUGUGUCUGCGCGUCGAUCCUGCUAUUCUGCAGGGAUCCCAGAACAGUAUUGCAUUUGUUCUAAUUCAUACGAGAUGAUGUCUGCUUUCGAAACCUCAAACCCUCUUUCCAUGCAUGCAGUGAAGUACGCCCUUCUUGAAAUGAACUUACAGAUAAAGCAAGCAACUGAUCUAUGCGCCGAGCUGUUCAUCGAUUCAAUUAUUAAAUCAACGCACAUUUUCAACAAAGCGAGAUUCCGACUUUUAGUUUUAUUCAGCACAAAACCGAGCAGAGGGAUAUUUGAGGCGACAGUAGAUUUCUCAACCGAUGACGUUCAGCUGGUUGGAGAUGUUCUUAGGAUAAACAGAUACCACGGAGAAUCAGACUGCUUACCACAUGAUUUGCAAAUAAUUGAGUUUUUCAAAACAACUUGUUACUGUAUGACAGGUAGGGGAACGAAUGUUGUAAAUUAGUAAUACAAGUUCAAAACAAAAUAUGUAUUAAUCCUAUAUUUAAAGCAUUAAAAAUCUCAUCUAAUACUAACAACUAGCUACAAUCAUUUGAAACACGUUCCAUAUUUUGUGGAGAUAUGUAUGACUUAAAAGGAAACUAUUCAUCACUACGAUAUAUCUCAGAAAAAUAAUUAUUUACAAAUUCUGUAAACUAGUAAUCUCGAUAUCAAUUUCAAUUUAUAGUAGAAAUUAUCGUAUGAGGUUUCGAAUUUUUUAAAAAUUUGAUUUUAAAAAAUUAAGAACAAUUUGUGGUAUAAAGAAUAUGUGAUAUAAAAAUCAAUGUUUUUCAUGCUGUAAAUGUUAUUUGUAUUAAAUAAAAUCCAAUUAAAUAUAUUUCAAUCUGUCACCUUCAAAUAAAGUAAUCCCACUAUUAAAAAGUUACAUUUUCCUUCAGAGACUACAUAUUUUCUAUGAAAAUGUAAAAUAUUUCUUUGCGAAAACACACUAUUCCUUAGAUGGAUUAUAAUAUUUGUAAUACAUUUUUUUGUGUGAGUGUGUGCGUCUAUUUUCAAAUUUCAAGAUACAAUUUAA